GUACAGGAAGCGGAAGUAAUCGGGUCUCCGCUUUUCCCGGUGGUGUGUUGCGCACACAGGGAAAGAAGUCGUCCGGAUUCAGCUCUAAAACAGCUCACCGCAACCCCCACGCAGUUCACACGCCAAAGGAAUAAGUGUCCAUCUCGCCAUCAGUCAAUGGGAAAGAGGUGAAGAUGUUUAGCUUCGAGGGUGAUUUCAAGACGAGGCCUAAGGUGUCACUCGGAGGAGCAAGUAAAAAGGAAGCGAAAGCAUCCCUGCUGCAUCGUACUCAAGAAGAAAGAAGAAAAAGAGAGGAUGAUAGAAAACGGCUGAAGAAUGCCAUCCUCAUUCAGUCCUAUGUACGUGGCUACCAAGAUUUGAAGCGACAGUACGCAAUCCAGAGGGCCCAUUUUGACGUCUGCGCCAACCAGACACAGCCCGUUUUGGAAGCCCCGACCCUAAGCCUGCUUUCGAGGCAGCUCAUCUUUUUCUACCGACAGAGCGUGGAUGCGCACAGAUUGAUAUGGCUGUGCCAGAACCUGGUGAAACACAACUGUCAGUUUGUCAAGCUGCUCGUGGGUCCACACAGGCAGACGUGUAUGUUUCAGAUCAAGAGGCUGUUGGGUUUUUGCUGCAGACUCCUGCAGAACUGCGGUGACGACAGCUUAAAUGUGGCCGUUCCCAUGCGCAUGUUGGAGAUCUUCUCGUCGGAGAGAGUCUACUUGCCCGUCUUGGCUGACGCCAACCGUGUGGCGUCAACGGUGGAGCAGAUUUUGCACUAUAUGAUCCAGAAAGGAUAUUACAGGUCGCUGUACAUUUUGGUGACUCACCGACUCCCUCCGAGUUUGGAGUACAGUGACUCUCCUUCUAUUCCCUUGGCAAGCACACUAUUGGAACACAUCCUCAAACCUUUGCACUUUAGCUACUCCUCCUGCACAGCGGGCGCCAGGCACUUUGUCUUUGCCGCCUUCACUGAGGAGUUCAUUUCGGCGCCCUUCACGGAGCAGAUCUUUCACUUCUUCAUCCCGGCCCUGUCCGACCCCCGGCUGGCCUUCCCCUUCGAGGCCUUCCUCGGCUCCCUCCGGAACACCGUCGCUUCUUCCCCCAUCGCCCAGAAUCGCGCACCCUGGAUAUUUUACUUUGUCCUCUCUGCAGGAGAGAACUGCCUGGGUUCGCUAUCGGAGGAAGGCCUGCUGCUGUAUUUAAGCGCUCUGCGGACAUUGCUGCCCCUGUUGCCCGUGAGCGAGAGCUGCAACCGGCCCGAGGUGGGCAGCGACUCCGAGGAUGACUCUGACGCCGAUAUCCACCCGCUGCCCGCGAAGGAUGACAGUCGCAUCUCCGUGCAGCUGAUCACUGAGGAAUGCGUGCGCAAGCUGGACACCAAACAACAGACCAACACGCUACUCAACCUGGUGUGGAGGGACUCGGCCAGUGAGGAAGUGUUCACCAUGAUGGCGUCCAUCUGUCACACGCUCAUGGUGCAGCAUCGCCUCCUGGUUCCCAAAGUCAGACUUCUGUACAGUUUAGCCUUCAACGCACGGUUCCUACGGCAUCUCUGGCACCUGAUCACCUCCAUGACGACCAAAAUGAUUACCGGCUCCAUGGUUCCGCUGCUGCAGCUGAUCUCCAGAGGCUCGCCCAUGUCCUACGAAGACUCCAACCGCAUCAUUCCGCUCUUCUACCUCUUCAGCUCCCUCUUCAGCCACUCGCUCAUCUCCGUGCACGACAGCGAGUUUUUUGAGCACGAAGCGGAAGGUCAGCAGACCCAGUUGUCAACGAUGCCUUUCACACUUUUGGAGCUGGUGACUCUGUCCCGCUGCCUGAGGGACGCGUGCCUCGGCAUCAUCAAGCUGGCCUACCCGGAGACCAAGACGGAGCACCGCGAGGAGUACAUGGCGGCCUUCCGCAGCGUGGGCGUCAAGACCAACGCCGAGGUGCAGCAGCGCAUCCAGGCCGAGCAGAAACGCUGGGUGCAGCUCUUUAAGGUCAUCACAAACUUGGUGAAAAUGUUGAAGGCUCGCGACAUCCGCCGACCCUUCUGCCCAUCGGAACACUGGCUCUCUCAGGAGGUCAACAUUCGAGCCGAUAAGGUCACGCAGCUCUACGUGCCGUCUGCUCGACACGUGUGGAGAACCAGAAGGAUGGGUCGCAUCGGACCGCUCCAAUCAACACUGGACGUGGGCUCUGAGCCUCCACAGCUGUCCGUGUCGGAGGAGAGACAUCUGGCUAUCCUCACCGAGCUCCCUUUUGUCGUUCCGUUCGAGGAGCGAGUCAAGAUCUUCCAGAGGUUAAUCUAUGCCGACAAGCGGGACGUCCAGGGGGACGGGCCCUUCUCCAACGGCAUCGUCGUCACCAUUCGACGUAACUACAUCUACGAAGACGCCUACGACAAACUCUCGCCAGAGAACGAGCCAGACUUGAAGAAAAGAAUCCGGGUGCACCUGCUGAACGCCCACGGCCUGGACGAGGCGGGCAUCGACGGCGGGGGCAUCUUCCGCGAGUUCCUCAACGAGCUCCUCAAGUCGGGCUUCAACCCCAACCAGGGCAUGUUCAAGACCACCAACGAAGGCCUGCUGUACCCCAACCCCGCCGCCGAGACGCUGGUGGGGGAGUCCUUUGCGCGACACUACUACUUUCUGGGCAGGAUUCUGGGGAAGGCUCUUUACGAGAACAUGCUGGUGGAGUUGCCCUUUGCCAGUUUCUUCCUGUCCAAGUUGCUGGGCACCAGCGCCGACGUGGACAUCCACCAUCUGGCCUCUCUGGACCCAGAGAUGUACCGGAACCUUCUCUUCCUCAAGAGCUACGAGGGCGACGUGGAGGAGCUGGGUCUCAACUUCACGGUGGUCAACAACGAUCUGGGAGAGGCUCAGGUGGUGGAACUGAAGCUGGGCGGGAAGGACAUUCCCGUCACCACGGCCAACCGCAUCGCGUACAUCCACCUGGUGGCCGACUACCGGCUCAACAAGCAGAUCCGGCCGCACUGCCUGGCCUUCAGGCAGGGGCUGGCCAACGUGGUCAACCUGGAGUGGCUGCGCAUGUUUGACCAGCAGGAGAUCCAGGUGCUGAUAUCCGGCGCUCACGUGCCAAUUUGUCUGGAUGACCUGAAAAAGUUUACAAACUACUCAGGGGGCUACACGGCCACGCACCCCGUCAUCCAGAUCUUCUGGGAGGUGGUGGAAGGCUUUACAGACGAAGAGAAGCGCAAGCUUCUCAAGUUCGUCACCAGCUGCUCCAGACCUCCUCUGCUCGGCUUCAAGGAGUUGUACCCAGCCUUCUGCGUCCACAACGGCGGCACCGACCUGGACAGGCUGCCCACGGCCAGCACCUGCAUGAACUUGCUCAAGCUGCCCGAGUUCUACAGCCAGCAUCAGAUGAGGAACAAGCUGCUCUACGCCAUCGAGUCGUCGUCCGGCUUUGAGCUGAGCUGAAGCUACGGCCUGCACUGACUUUUCCUGCUUUUUGUGUGUACGAGCGUGUGCGUGCUGGAUGCGUGUUGAGCGCCCGGGGACAAUGGGCUUCACGUUAAGAGGCCGUGGCCUCUGUUUUAAGCACGUUUUAUUUUCUCCAGUUAAAGAAACAAAAGCAUUUUUCCUCACAGCUAUUUCUGCGACUUUGAGGUCUUGAAUCGCUAAUUGAGUGCAGUAAAGUCAUCAUUACAUUUAUGAUUAUUUUUUUUAGGAAGAGACAGGGUAGUAAACGAGGCCAUAGAUAUAAAACAAUCAAAUAUCAAGAGAAGCAAGGAUCCCCUCCCUGGAUUAGAAAGGUUAGACAUGUCCACCAAAUGGCGCUGCUUCAGCCACAUGCAAAGCAUCCAGUCAUUUUUUCCCAAUCAAGUCGUUUUGGUGUGAAAGUGUGGAAGCCGACGCAUAAGACUCCUGUUGAAACACACACCUUCCCCAUUGGAUAUUAGAACACAAACAGUUCAGAUAAUGGUGCUUGUAGUCAUUUAUCCUCUGCGAGGACCAUAAAGGAGCUGCCAUCUUGACUGCACAGACAGACUGCUGUAUGUUGUUCUUAUACUGCCUCCUGGUGGCCAUGGCGGAUAAUUAUUUUCUUGGUGCAGUUAGACAAAAGAAAUGUGGUGGGUGGCAAACUGACUAGUGAGCCCCAAACCAAGACGAGUAGUGCUGAGCAGUGGAAAAGCGACAUUAGCGCGUAUACCUUUUGAAAGAUAACGUGGCCUCAUAUAAAGAAGAGUGCGCCGUGCGCCAUUCAUUUUGUGAUUCCGUCAAUUAGUCCUAGCCGUGGAAACCAACGUUUUUCUUAAUGCGGAUUGAUUGGGCAGGGCGAUGCAUUUGUGAAUAUGUACAUGUUCUCUUGAACGAUUCAUUAUUUCUUCAGUAUUUGUACAGGUAUUCGUCAGUGCGUGUGGGAGAGAAUGUGUCGUGGCUGCAAUAGUUCCGUGUAGCAACAAUCGAGUGUAUGGCAAUAAAUCCACGUUUCUUUUUUCA